GGACUGAUAACAGGAAGUAGCUGGACGGCUUUGUGCAUCUUCUAUUUGUACCAUGUGAUCGCUGCAGUUAUGUAGUUAUUGUACAAACUGUUGCAAAACUCAGAACUCAAUAAGGUCAUGUAUGAGUGUUACACGAUAUCACUGACCAUGAACAAGAUAAAGAAGAAGCUGCCUGAGCGGAUCCUGAAUCACAUCCUGGAGAUUCUCUACCUGCUGACGGGAGAGCGCGUGACUAACUCACUGAUAGCGAGUCACAUGACCGGGGACAAGAUGACAACAGAGAGAAUACUGACCCACACCCUGCAGAUCAUGUACCUGCUGACAGGGGAGGUGCCUAUAAAGUGCGAUGAUGUUGCCGUGUAUUUCUCUAUGGAGGAGUGGGAUUAUAUAGACGGACACAAGGAGCUUUACAGGGACGUCAUUGUGGAGACUCACCAAUCACUAAGGACUAUGGAGAUCCCAGGAAACGAGAGCUCAGAACCAACAGAUCACAGUGAUAAAAAUCUAGACACAGGAGCACAUGAAUAUCUUGUACAGAAUAUUCAGCCAGUGAAGACCCCAUCAGACGUCUCCGCAGCACAAACCGGUCACAGUGAUGAAAAUCUACACACAGAAGGACAUAGAAAACUUGUACAGGAUAUCCAGCUAUCAAAUGUUUCUGCAAAUGUCAUUAAUACUGAUGUAGAUGUUAAAACAGAAGAUCUGAGUGUAACGUGUCAGCUGGAAGCUUCAAUGAAGAAAAUGUGUUACAGCGACAAUAAAGCUGAAAACAAUGCUAAUAUUUCAUGUUACACGGAACAAACAGAAAAUCAAAGGCUAAGUAAUAUGUCUGAAGCUGCAGUGCAGGAAAUAUGUGAGAGUAUAAGUACAGGUGAAUUCACAAAUUGCAAUAAUCAUAGUCAGAGUGCAGAUGCUCCUUUCAAUCAUCUUCAAAAUCAAAGAAGCCACAUGGUACAUUUAAGUCAUCAGAAAAUGCAUGCAGGAGAAAAGCCAUUUUCUUGUUCUAUAUGUGGGAAAUGUUUUACCCGGAAAGAAUACCUUGUUUCUCAUCAGAAAAUUCAUGCAGUAGAAACUGGAUUUUCAUGUUCUGAAUGUGGGAAAUGUUUUCUCAAGAAAUCACAUCUUUAUAGACAUCUGAAAAUCCAUACAGGAGAAAAGCCAUUUUCCUGUUCUAUAUGUGGGAAAUGUUUUACUCGUAAAGAAAAUCUUGCUGUUCAUCAGAAAAUUCAUACAGGAGAAAAAGGGUUUUCAUGUUCUGUAUGUGGGAAAUGUUUUACCCUGAAAUCACAUCUUAUUGUCCAUCAGAAGAUUCAUACAGGGGAGAAAUCAUUUUCAUGUUCUGAAUGUGGGAAAUGUUUUACACUGAAAACAACUCUUACUACGCAUCAGAAAAUUCACACAGGGGAAAAAGGAUUUUCAUGUUCUGAAUGUAAGAAAUGUUUUACUCAGAAAUCAACUCUUAUUAGGCAUCAGAAAACUCAUACAGGGGAGAAAGUAUUUUCAUGUUCUGACUGUGGGAGAUGUUUUACGCUGAAAUCAACUCUUAUUACGCAUCAGAAAAUUCAUACAGGGGAGAAAGCAUUUUCAUGUUAUGACUGUGGGAAAAGCUUUACUCUGAAAUCAACUCUUAUUAACCAUCAGAAAACUCAUACAGGGGAGAAAGGAUUUUUAUGUUCUAAAUGUGAUAAAUGUUUUACUCAGAAAUCAACUCUUAUUAGGCAUCAGAGAAUUCAUAUUAAAAGAAAUCAAGUAGUUUAACCUCCUAAAUCAGAGGGACAUGUAGUUGUCACCCACACAAUACCUGAUGAAUAGUGCUGAUGAUGACUACAUGUGAUCCUCUGGGAGGUGCACUUUUGGAGCUAUUUGAGGCCCUUUCUGCACCUCAAGUGGUUACGAUGUGGCCCAGUAUGUUUGUCAUGCCUGGAAGGAUAUGGGGUCCCUAUGUAGGUUUGCAUAGCCAAGUGGUCACCUGGUAUAAAAAAUAUGCAUUUAUUUGAGUAGAGGUUCAUGGGAACACCCAUGUGCAGAUCAAAUUUAAAAAUAUAUCCAAAAGCCCUUAUUUAUAUGAUACUUUUAAUUUAGAUACUAUUGAGGACAUUAUAGUCAGGUGAUCACCGAAGUGAUUGCGCUUCCCUAUCUGGAAUUUAAAUUGACCAGGUAUAUAGAUGUACAGCGUGAGCCCCUACAUUAACAUCAAAAUUGCAAGAGGGCUCCAAAAGUCCUUGUCUGGAGUAGGAUAAUUCCUCCUAGCUAUCACAAAAAUAAUAUUUUUCCUUUUGAAGUUCGAUUGCUAAUUUCUAUAAAAUAGCAGUGUUGGUUUCCAUUUCCACUAUAGAUCCAUAACAGUUUUUACUAUAGAGUUAAAAAAAAUCUCACAUUGUAUUGUUUACAACCUUCUUUAUUGAAAUUGUAGAUUUUUUUAUAGAUCAGGUUAAAAUGGAGACAUUAAUAUAUAGUUUAUGCACCUAACCAGAAACUGAUAGGCUUCUGGGAUAAAUGAUUACAGGUCCUGACUCCUUACUUGGGCAUGAAUAUUAUUUUAAGUGGAGAUUUUAAUUUGACCACUUACCCAUUCUGCAAUAGGAUGCGUGUCCCUUCUCUCAUCUUAGGUGACUUCAACAUACCUGUUGACAAUCCUAACAUGUCUGCUGCCUCUAAACUUUUAUCCCUUACCACCUCUUUUGGACUGUCCCAGUGGACAACAUCUCCAACCCACUGUGAAGACAACUCAAUUGACCUGGUCUUCACCAAUCUCUGUGCCGUUUCCAACUUCUCUAACUUUCCCUUUCCUCUCUCUGACCACCAUCUACUAACUUUCUCUCUUACUCUACCUGCUGCAUCUUUGCAAGCCCCCAAAAACUGCUACCUUACAGGAAUUUAAAUUACUUGGAUCUCACAGACUUUUCCACUCAACUGAAUCCUCUGUUCUUUGACAUUUCAUCCAUCUCUUGCCCAAACCUUGUGGCAAUAUAAUUCAGCACUAAAAUCAACACUUUACAAAGCUGCACCCCCACUGUUUACUGUAAAUCAAUAACUCAACAACAACCGUGGAACACCAAACAGACACGAUAUCUUCAGCAAUGUUCAUGGGCUGCUGAACAGCAGUGGAGGAAAUCACGCAACCCGUUCUGAUUUCCUACAUUAUAAAUUCAUCCUUAAGUCACACAACUCUGCCCUCAGCCUGGCCAAACAAGUCUAUUUCUCUUCCCUUUUGAUACCUCACUCAUCCAACCCCAGAAAGUUGUUCUCAACUUUUAACUCCCUUCUACGCCCGCCUGCACCUCCGCCCACUACCAAACUCACUGUUUAGAAUAUUGCUGAUCAUUUCAAAAAUAACAUUAACACCAUUAGGAAAGACAUCUACACCUACUCACCUCUUUUAUUAAAAAAACUCUGUUUCUUUCCUCCUGUAACAGAGGAAGAAGUCUCAGAACUCUUCAGCUCAUCUCACAACCUGCCCACUUAAUCCUAUUCCGUCACAACUUCUUCCCUCUCUCUCUCUGCUUCACUAACCCAUAUCCUAACUCACCUCUUUAACCAAUCGCCUAACUCGAUUUUUCACAACUAACUCCUUACUUGAUCCACUACAAUCUGGUUUCUGCCCAAAACACUUAACAGAAACCGCGCUCACUAAAGUAACAAAUUACCUGUUAUCGGCUAAAACAAAAUGCCACUACCCCUUACUAAUUCUUCUUGACCUAUCCCCUGCUUUUGACACAGUUGACCAUCCUCUCCUCCUAAAAAUUCUACAUUCAUUUGGCAUCCGAGACACAGCCCUCUCCUAGUUUGCUUCAUAUCUCUAAAACCGCUUGUUUUCAGUUUCCUUUAACACAUCUUCUAAUCCUUUGUCUCUCUCAGUUGGAGUACCACAAGGCUCUGUCUUGUGUCCCUUGCUUUUCUCUCUCUAUACAUCCUCCCUUGGAAAACGUAUAGCCUCCUUUGGCUUCCAGUACCACUUAUAUGCUGAUGAUACCCAAAUCUAUCUUUCCUCCACUGAUAUCUCUCCCUCUUUACUCAACCAGAUUUCCAUAUGUCUCACUGCAAUUCCCUCUUGGAUGUCCUCAUACUACCUCCAACUCCAUCUGUCCUAAACUGAGCUGCUUCUUAACUCCCCCCCCCCUCUUCCAGACAUCCAACACCUGACAUUCCUCUGAUGGUCAGUGACUCUAUUCUCAACACCUCAUCCCAGGUCCGCUGUCUUGGGAGUCACCCUUGACUCAGAACUCACAUUCAACCCAUAUAUAAAAGCACUUACCAAAUCCUGCCAUUCACACCUACGCAACUUUUCGUCCCUUCCUUAUUCAAAAAACUACAAAAAUACAAAUUAAUUCCCUCAUUUUGUCACACAUUGACUAUUGCAAUCUACUUCUAAAUGGCCCUCCAAAACACUGCCUCUCCUCCCAUCAAUCUAUUAUAAAUGCUUCAGAUAGACUCAUCCACCUACGUCAUCGAUCUACAUCAGCAGCUCCGCUCUGCCAGUCUCUACACUGGCUCUCCAUGCACUCCAGAAUACAAUUUAAAGUAUUAACCAUAACUUACAAAGCACUCAACAGCCUCACUCCCAACAAUAUUUCCUCUCUCAUCUCCAAAUAUUCUUCGAGCCGUCCUCUUUCAUCAACCUCUGACCUACGUCUCUCCACUCCUAUUAUAGCUACAUCCCACUCCCACAUCCAAGAGUUCUCACAUGCUGCCCCUGUCCUCUGGAACUCUCUACCCCGCUUCUUAAGACUGUCUCCAACCUUGUAUAGCUUCAGACGCUACUUGAAAACCCACCUAUUCAGAGAGGCUUACCAUCUCUCCUUCAAACCAAAGUAAUUUUUGAACUGCAUGACUCACUGUUGCAACUACAAUCCAUGUGACAAGCUACCCCAAACCUUCUAUCUCUGCACCCACAACCUGUAGACUGUAAGCUCUCUGGAGCAGGGCCCUCUUCCUCCUGUACUAGAUUUGUUUAGUUUUUUAUGUUUUGUAUUUUUCACAAAUCCUUGUCAUUGUAUACCCCUAUCUUUGUACCCAUCUCUAUGGAAUUUUGCGGAGCUAUACAAAUAAACGAUAAUAAUAAACCAAGGCCCCCUGUGAGGGGUACUCCUAGAUAUUGGGGAAGAUUUGAGAAAAUGGGUUUUGCUAAGUUGUCCUCAAGAUUACUGGUUUGUUAUGGGUGGAGACUGUGCCACCCUGAGGGUAAAGAUUACACCUGUGUUUCUAGAGCGAAAUUUUCUCUUUCAUGUAUUGAUCCCUUUUUUUUUUGUGAAAAUUUUCUUUAUUAAGAAAAAUAGUACAAAAACAGACAAAUAAACAAAGAAACAACACAAGUUACAAUGUACUCCUUGUAUCACAGGAUGAGGGUGUAAACAAAAUAAAUUAUUCUUGACAACAUCAGAAA